AUGACUGACGCUUAUAAUAUCUCGGAAACAUUGGAGCAUUUAUCCAAUAUUGGAACAAAGAAAUCGAAACAAAAAGUCGAUCAUCUUAUCAUCAAAUCUUUUCUCGCUGGUAUUUUACUUUCAUUUGGGGGAUUAUUUCUCUUGAAUGCUGGUGGUGGAAGUCUUCCAUUAAGUGUACAAUUCGGUGGAAGUAUUCAUAAGAUAAUUCAAGCUGCUGUAUUUCCAAUUGGCCUUGUUUUAGUUAUUCUCACUGGCGCUGAUUUGUUUACUGGAAAUACGAUGAUUUUAAUGGUAUCAACAUUAAAUAAAAAGACUACAUGGAUUCAACUUCUCAAAUCCUGGUCAAUAUCAUAUGUCGGAAAUUUCGUUGGCUGUUUAUUCUUUCAAUUUGUAUUAGUUUAUUAUGCAGGUCUUCUCAAAUAUGAUCCUUAUCGUUCAUUUUCGAUCAAAUACACUGAAACAAAAGGAUAUACAGAAUGGUAUGAAAUGUUUUUACGAGGUAUUGGUGGGAAUUGGCUUGUUUGUCUUGCAUACUGUUUAUGCACAAGUGCACGAGAUUUGAAUUCCAAAAUUGUUGCAAUCUAUUUACCUAUUUUGCUUUUUGUUGCAGUUGGAUAUGAACAUUCCAUUGCAAAUAUGUUUACAGUUCAAAUGGGAAUGCUACUUGGCGCAAAUGUUUCGAUUGGAAGAUAUAUUCUAUGCGUUUUAUUACCCGUUACUUUUGGAAAUAUAAUUGGUGGGGGAGGUUUUGUUGGAGGACUAUAUUGGUAUUUAUAUCUAACGAAAAAAUCCAAAAGUGAACAGAAUAUUAGCAUGGAACUACCAACUACAAAGGAAUAUCGAAGCGUAACACAACACGAUGAUUCGAUUUGA